UAACACUGCAACGAGUUCUUCAUUGUGGUUGGCAGACCUGUGAACGCGUGCAGACCGGCGGCGCAGUGCUCGCUGCCAAAAAGGGAUAGCGUGUAGAGUGAUGCGAAAAUUGUCAAAUAUCUGGUGCUCGACGGCGGUGCGGCGAGCCCGGUGAGCCUGGCAUUCGUGUGGCCUGACGUGCGAAAACACGUAACAGCGUGAAGUUUACCGCGCGCGCGGGCGCGAUGUCGAGCACCCUGGAGAAGAAGAUCAUGAACCUGGAGGAACGGUUGCGGGCGGAGAACGAAUCGCGGGACAGGGACAGACAAGGCGGCGAGAUUGUGGGUUCGGGCAUGGGCCUGCAUACGUCGUCGUCAUCGGGCCCCAUGUCUAGCCCUGCGCUCCGCAGACCCCGACAACUGGGAGACAUGGGUACCCCGACGCGACCUAGAAGGCAGCUGGAUCUACCGGUGUCUCACAUGGUACCGCCAAAGAAACACGACAGUGAAUUCGAGUCAAAGUUGCAGGAGAUCAUGAAGAUGAACGGCAUCCUGAACAUCAAUGGCCAGAGGUAUCAGACGGAGAUGAAGGAUUUGGAGCAUCUAGGUGAGCUUGGUAACGGCACCUGCGGACAUGUUGUCAAAAUGAGGCACAAACCCAGCGGCGUGGUGAUUGCCGUGAAGCAGAUGCGACGCUCUGGGAACGCGGAGGAGAACAAAAGGAUAAUCAUGGACCUUGAUGUCGUGCUCAAGUCGCACGACUGUCCAUACAUAGUGCAGUGCCUAGGUUGCUUUAUCACUGAGUCCGACGUGUGGAUCUGCAUGGAAUUAAUGGCGACGUGCCUGGAUAAGCUGUUGAAGCGCUGUAGACAAGCGAUACCAGAGGAUUUUUUAGGCAAAGUUACAGUAGCAACAGUAAAGGCAUUGUCGUACCUGAAAGAGCAGCAUGGUGUAAUUCAUAGAGACGUGAAACCUAGUAAUAUAUUGCUGGAUGAAUCGGGAGGGGUAAAAUUGUGCGAUUUUGGGAUAUCUGGUAGAUUGGUCGACAGCAAGGCGAAGACGAGAAGUGCGGGAUGUGCUGCGUAUAUGGCUCCUGAAAGGAUAGAUCCUCCUGAUCCUACCAAACCAGAUUAUGAUAUAAGGGCAGAUGUAUGGAGUCUGGGCAUUACUCUAGUGGAACUAGCUACGGGAGUAUUUCCUUAUCGAGACUGCAAGACUGAUUUCGAGGUACUGAGCAGAGUAGUACAAGACGAUCCCCCGUCUCUCCCGACGGACACGACUUUUUCCAAGGAGUUUAGGAACUUCGUCAGCUGUUGCCUUACAAAGAACUAUAAGCACCGGCCAAAGUACCACAAGCUUAUGGAGCACCCGUUCAUCCGCAAGUACGACGUGCCCCAGGAUGGCAAUACGAAUUCUGCCUUAACGAACUCUAGCUGUCAAUGGUUCGGCAAGGUUAUGCGGCAGCUAGAACCAAGUUCCAGAUUACCGGGAGAACAGCAGCAGCAGCAGCAGCAGCGAGUUUCGGGCCACGUGUCCCUGAAGCAGACGGCCCACUUGCGGGCGCAGUCCGAAAUGCCCGCUUUCCUGAGGAGCAACAUCAACAGCGGCAUCAAGGAAUCCCUGAACUCCAGCUUCCUGCCAUUUCACCAGCGCUCCAACAGCGAGAACGGCGCGAAUUACGUGCCCUACAGCCCGUACGCCCUUCGCCGGAAGGAGAUCGCCCGGCCGUUCUCGCCGCCGACGUCCGUGGACGCGGUGGAGCAGUCGGAAUCGAAACCGCCGCCGCCGCGGCCCUUCUCGCCCUACCGGCAGUACGAGCAGUGCAUCACCAGGCACGACUACUCGCCCUCGAAUCGCUGCGCGACGACGAAUGGUCAAGGUAGACAGGAGACGACAGCAACGACGACGAUGACGACGACGACGAGACCGUACUCUCCUUACAGGACGCAGGACGCUAAUCUGGACAACGGUCGACCGUAUUCGCCGUAUCGUCGCUACGACGAUCGCGACGGCAAUGGCAAAACGGACCGAUGGCAGGGAGGCGUCUCGCGAUCGCUGAGCCCCUUCGCCAGGGACUACUCGCCCUGGAGGCGGGAGAACGUCGACCCGCCUGGCGUGAUUCAGCCGCCGCCGCCGCCUACCUCGUGCGACAACAGCGGCCGUUACUCGCCGUUUCUGCAACGAUUCGCACAACCGUCGCCGCAGAAGCCCGCGACAUCUCAGACUUAUUCGCAUGACAUCUACGGCAGCCCGAUGAUCAGCCGCAAAAGGUUUCCUUCAGAGCCACCGCCGCAGGGAACCCACGGCUCCACUAGUCCACAAUUGUUGAUCUCCCGUUUCGCGCAUCAGCUGAAGCAGGAAUCGCCGCCGUCGUCGUUGACGCCGAUGCCGCCGCAGCAGGGCGCCAGUUCAAAGGAGUCCGCGAAGAAGCGGUUCGCGUCCUACGUGCGCCUCAGGCUCGGCAGCGAGCGCGCUCCCUCGCCGGAGCCGCCGCCGAGAUUCAGCCGCGGUGAGUCCCCGCUCGCCCUUAGGAAGAAUUUAAUCGAUCAGGGGUCUCCUGCCUGCACUCCGCGAAGGACAAUCAUGUAUAUGACGAAUAAUCUGGCUUCUUCAAGGUACGUCUCGUACUACGUACCUUCUCCACCCCAGCCGCCGCCCAGGAGGCUGUCGGAGAGCAAUUCGGUGCCCGGUAGCCCGCAGCACGUGCGAGCCCGCCUGCACUACACGCCUGAACCUCAGAGGAGACCUCCGCCGCCAUAACCCACCGCUACCACUGUUAAGCCUUAUCAAUAUUUCUUGUUGGUGCCAUACGCGACUGCUACGGACACCCGGACAGCGAUCACGCGCACCACGUAGUAGCGAGGUGCCGAUGUUACUCGUCGACGGUUGCGCACACAGAGCGAGUCAUAGAACUUGUACGCACACGUAUACACGGUAUAUUUUCGGACGUUGUAAACCAAAAAAAAAAGAAAACAGACGGAGAAGCGUGUUUUUAAUACUCGAGUCGCCGCAAACUUGAUUGUACGCGAGUUGAAGGCUCGAUUGUAUGAGAACGAUUUAGCGUGCGAAACGGCUCAAAUCGCGAGAAAGUAUUUCACCUUAAUUUAAAAAUUCUCACGUAUUUGGAUUCGCAGACGCUUCCGAAAGCGGACAUUGCCUUAACAGAUUCGGCUCACUAGUUAGCGAAUAUUUCAGAUUUCCGGCUGGCGGAUAUUUUCUGAACUUCUUAUCGAUGUUAGGGUGUAGAAAAGGGUGAAACGUGUAUUUUCGAAUUUAAAACGCUUCACACGCUAAAUGUAAACUUCGUAAAUGUAAAUUUCUGCACGGCCGAGUAGUAGUCUUUAGACAAUACUGCGCUGACUGUCUCGGUUAACCAAUUUUGGCAAACAGAAGAGUUCAAACGAAUCAUUUCCUUCUCUUUCUUGUGGGGAGGAAUAAAAAAAACUGAAUCGUCAGAAAGAAAGAAAUUUAAGAUUAGAUGUUUAAGAUUCUCGGUAUAAAUUUUCGCCGAUUUCUUUCACUUCGAUUAUUCUUCGCGGUCAAAAAGGUACAAUCAAUUUAAUUAGGAUUAAUGUUAACCGAGGGGUGCGAUCGGCGUCUCUAGGCCUGCGUGCGCACAUUUUGCAUAAGCGAGGAAGUCGUUUUCGCCGGGACAGCUGCAAACGGUCUCCUGAACGUUUGCACGGCUUUCCCGCGUCGCCGCGAAACGCGAAUCGAACCACCUUCGUCAGUAAUUCUCUUCUCGAUGUGUAUUCAUCAUCAGUACGCAACGGGAAAUACAAUGCUCAACUUUUUAUAUCGCUUACGUAUUAAAAGAGUACAGCGACGGAAGAGUGCGACAUUAACCGCGAUGCACCGCAACGUUUUUUCUAAAUAAAAAAAAAACUCACACACACACACAUUACACUCUCGCAUACAUACACAUACACACACACACAUAUAUAGGGGAAAUACGGCGUCGUGCCGCAAAUAAACGCGUAAACCGUUCCUAUCGCUCUUCGUUUACGCUUUUUUCGAUCUUGAGAUUGUAUCACACAAAAGAGGAAGAAGGAGAGAAAGAAUAUACGCAACGAAGCUCGCUUUUCUUUCAAAGACGGCCUUGCGAUAUCUCAGCGACUCAAAUUACAGCCUCUCAGCGACUUUUUCACGUUUUAUCAUUACUCUAUUCAUCAUUAUUAUUAUUAUUUAUAUAAAUACGAGAGUCGUUCACGGUACGUAGUCGUCGAGAUCGAGAAUGCGAGUCGAAUCGAGAGGGAUAUUAUCGUCCCCACUCAAUUUCUCUUCGUAAAAGGAAAAAUAAAAGAAAGGAAAGCGAAGGCACAAUAAUGUCGCAGCAGCACGCCUCAUAAAGUUCUACUACGAAACACGAAUGUAUAUUACUCAAAUCGGCAGGGCGUCACACACGGUUAGGAUGUUGUAAUUAUUAUUUUUAAUUAACAUUUAAUCCCUAAUUACGUUCAAGUCUACACUCGUAAUAACCUUUGUCACUUAUUUGACAAAAGGAUCUGUUGCAAUGUAAAUAAACUUAUAUUUAUACGA